CACACACAGACACACACUGCACGUUUAUUACGAGUCUAGAAGUGGCACAUGGACGCGAUACAGUGAAAUCUGUCCUGAAAUAUGGCGAAACCUCCCGUCACUGACAGCACACGGAACGGCCGAGAAGUUUUCUCGCAUUUUGCAUUUCAUUACGGCGAAGAAUAGAUAGUUGCCAUAUUUUUUGAGGUUGUAUAUCAACUAUAGUUUCACCAUACGCUGCUUCUUCGGUUUCCACACGCGCAACUGUAAAUGCGGCUGCGCUGGCGACUCCCGUCUGAUCGGACACUGACAGCUGGAUAUUAUCAGCUCUUCAUGAGCUAAACACAGCGCUUCAGUUCACACAGACUGAGAUGGAAGAGCUGUCAACCCAUUACAGACAGCAGUAAGCGAGUGUAUUCAGUGAUUUAGAGGCGAUGGCAGCGUCCAGUAACUCAAGUCUGUCGGGUUCCUCCGUUUCCUCAGAUCCUGAAGAUUAUCAGCCACCAAUAUGGAAAUCCUACUUGUACCAGCUACAGCAGGAAGCACCAAGACCCAAGAGGAUCACAUGUCCUCAGGAGAUGGAGAACAGACCCAAGUACUAUGGUAGAGAGUUCCAUGGUCUGAUUUCGAGAGAGCAUGCAGAUGAACUGCUGGCAGGGAUUGAUGGUGCUUACCUCAUCAGAGAGAGUCAGAGACAACCGGGAACAUAUACACUUGCCUUGAGAUUCGGGGGCCAGACUUUGAACUAUCGGCUCUUUUAUGAUGGAAAGCACUUUGUGGGAGAGAAGCGUUUCGAGUCUGUUCAUGAUUUGGUUACAGAUGGUCUCAUCACUCUCUAUAUUGAGACCAAGGCAGCUGAGUACAUCGCCAAGAUGACCACAAACCCCAUUUACCAGCACCUGGGCUACACCUCUCUCCUAAAGGACAACUCGCUCACUAACCGUCUCAGUCGGGCCCGUUCUGAGACAAAAAGAGUUACUUUUCAACAGGAUGACAAGAUUUCACCAUCACCACUGAGCAGACGCACAACACUUAAGGAUGGACCAGAGAAACACUGCCAUUACGAAAAGGUCCACAACUUUAAAGUGCACACUUUCAGAGGGCCACACUGGUGUGAAUACUGUGCGAACUUCAUGUGGGGUCUCAUCGCCCAGGGCGUGCGUUGUUCAGACUGUGGGUUGAAUGUGCACAAACAGUGCUCCAAACUGGUGCCCAGCGACUGUCAGCCAGACCUACGCAGAAUCAAGAAGGUCUUCAGCUGUGACCUCACCACGCUGGUCAAAGCCCACAACACUCCACGGCCGAUGGUUCUGGACAUGUGCAUCAAAGAGAUCGAGCACAGAGGGUUAAAAUCAGAGGGUCUCUACAGAGUGUCUGGCUUUACAGAACACAUAGAAGAUGUCAGGCUUGCGUUUGAUAGAGAUGGUGAGAAAGCAGACAUCAGUGCCAAUAUCUACCCAGACAUUAACAUUAUUGCUGGAGCUCUCAAGCUUUAUCUCCGAGACCUUCCCAUCCCAGUCAUCACAUACAACGUUUACUCCAAAUUCAUACUAGGAGCCCAAAUAACAGAUCCUGACUCUAGGCUAGAGGCAAUACAUGAUGGCCUUCUUCAGCUUCCCCCCGCCCACUAUGAGACCCUGCGUUAUGUGAUGACACACUUGAAGAGGGUCACCAUGCAUGAGAAGGAUAAUUAUAUGAAUGCAGAAAACCUAGGAAUUGUUUUUGGACCGACGCUCAUGCGGCCACCGGACCAGAACACUCUCACGACUCUCAAUGACAUGAGAUACCAGAAACUCAUCGUUCAGCUCUUGAUAGAGCAUGAGGAUAUUUUGUUUUAACAUGUUUAAUGGAGGAAAUCUGUGUUGUGGGGACCGAACACAGAAACGAAUUCAUUUCGCUAAUCCACUUUAUAAACCCUGUUCAUUUUACAAUGCAGCCUGCAGCAAAUGUAAAGAUAUUAUAUGUUUAUGUAUUCUCAUCAUGUCUGUUAUUUGACACAUUUCACUCAAUGUGUUUUCCAAUAAUGGUACAGUAUGAACAAAUGCUGUUACACAAAAUUGAAUUCAACAUUCUGAAUAGAGGCAUUAUUAUAAACACUUUUUUAUUGAUUCAUAGUACAGCAAGAAACGUGCUUUUCUCAUUGAUGCCAAAUAUUUAUGCAUCCCAGACAGCAGACGACUUCGGGCUGGAUCCGCACUGGAGCUGCUGACUUCGGUGCGGAUCCGGUGCAAAGUUGUCUGCUGUCUGGGAUUGACCUAAAUGCUCUCCGUGAUCAAGAGCAUUUAAUAGCAUUGUGAAACUGACAUAUUGUCAAGUAAUUCAAUGUAAAAAAAACUAUUUUUUGGGGGGUCAUUAUGAUGAUGUUAAAUGUAUAAUGUGUGCUAUAAUGACCAGACAAUGAAGAUCUCAUGUGAAGCACUUUUUAAUUUUACAAAGAGUGUAAAUAGUCAUCAUAUUUUUGUUCGGUCUGCGUGAAUAAUGCUGUAUUUAACCUUGAAAACAAUGGCCUGGUUUACAUAAACACUCAACAAAAUUGUUUUGUCAGCAUUAUUUAGUGGACAAUUAGCUCUACUCCCAUUUAAAGAAUGAGACUAAAACAAAAUUGCAUGGAUCCAUCUUAGACAGCAAGGCCUAUAGGCUAGAAGCGAGAUCAUGUCCUAUGGAAACAAUGCUCAAGGGUACCAUUGUCUUGGUCUACACUGUAAAAAUUUUGCUGUAAUUUUGCAGCUGGUUGCCAGUAACUUACUGUAGAAGAUAAAGUCCAAAAAUGUUUCAUGUUCAUUUAACUUUGAACAAAAUGUUGCCAGUAAAUAACAUAAAUGUAAAAUCUACGGUAAGUUACUGGCAGCUAGUUGCCAGUAAUACCCAGUAAUACUGUAAUUUCUACAGAAAUUUUUUACAGUGUAGUUGUUUUUAAGUUGUUUAUUUGAUUUAAGACUUUUCAACAGUUUUGUUUUAGGAUGUUUUCUGUGACAAAUGUAAUUAUGGUUGUAAUUUAUCAAAAGCUGAUUUAUUAAAUUAUGUAAAUCUGUUUGCUAUUUUAAUGUGUUAAAUUAAUUUGUGGCAUUGAUUCAUGAUUACUGACAGCACUCAUAAACUUUUGAAAGCAGCGUUAUUAUUAUUAAUGAAAGCUUUUUACAUUUUGUUUACAUGAUAUGUUAAAUAUGCUGUUGUUAUUAUUUCUGCUCUGGUUCACACACUCUACCUUGGUCAGCUGGUUAGGCGUUGGCUAAGGUUGGUUUCUACGUACUAAAUUUAGGGGUGUGAAUGGCAACAUUGUUUUAGUAUCAGACAGCUGAGCUGGUAUUUUAUUUUUGACUUUUACCGCAGCGCAGGUAAAGUAAGGUAACUGCAGGUGCAACAGUACCUGUCUCAAUUGACCAAUCACAGAGAGCGCGGGCGUGUCAGAAGCAGGUGAACUAUAAAUAAAUGAAAUCAUCACUCACAUUGUGUUUCGGACAGAGAUGCAGUGCUAUGUGAUGUGGGCUUAGUUUCAACCACAAAGUUCUGCUGUGUGUUUGGAAAGAAACAAGAAAGUCAAUAGGAGAGUCCCUGACAUUGCUGCCUAGGACUGUGCCGGAGAUUAACAGACAUAAUGGCAGACAAGUUUCCUUGGUGGAAAACUUUAACUGGAAAAAACAAAAAUAUUCUGAAAGAAGUCCAGCAAGAGUUUGCAAAUCCGGACAAAAAAUCAGCGAAACAAAGCAGCACUGACAACAAAAACAUCAAUCCGAUCGGCGACGAGACGUUCGACGAAUCUCAACUGGAGACGGUCAUCAAUGAACACACAUUCCGUAGACUCGUGAAAGUGUCACGCUCCGGCCGCUUCAGACAGAAGGACCGAGUGAGGGGCACAAUGCCUGAAAACAACUUUUUUGAUAGAAACACUGCUGCUGCAAAGUAGAAAACAAGAUAUGACAAAACAGGACAAAACUGCAAUUCCCUAGCAACAGUAGACUACAGCGCUUCUUUAAAUGGAACUCCCGAGCGCCGCGACUCAUUUUGUCGCGUCGCGUCGUUCGCUUCGAGUGAAGGAAAACAUCAAGCUUUUCACUUUAAUUUGAGUGACUGUCAGUGAUACCUGUUGCAUUGUUCCAGUGAUCUGGAGCCGGCAUUUGUCUCUGAAAAUCAUCUUAGAGACACUGAAUGCCUGAUGCUUGCACAUCCCAUCCCACAUAAAAAUACUGUAGUAUACUUUAAAUUUUAAUAUAAGAAAGUGUAUCAUAAUUUCUAGAUGUGGUUUUGAAUCAUACAGUAUUAUUAAAUAGUAUACAGACUACUAUUCAUUAAGUUAACAAAGUGUAGUAUUAGUAAAAUACACUAACAGCUUACUAAAUACUAAAGUAUACUUCAGCAUUUUUAUGUAAGAUAAAUUGAUGAAAUAUUCGUUUAUUGGCCUCUGUAGGCUUAAGAUGCAGAUCAGCACUAGGCCGGGUUGGGAUGUUUGCAAGUUAAAUUUGUUAUUAGUUUUUUCCAAAAUUCUUUUAUUUAUGGCUUUAAAAGGGAGUUUGAAUUGUUUAAAGGGGACAAAUCUGACUUUUUCCACGUUUAAGUGCUAUAAUUGGGUCCCCAGUGCUUCUAUCAAUCUAGAAAAUGUGUAAAAGAACAACCCAGUAACUUAGUUUUGAUAAACCAUUCUCUGCAAGCAUGUGGAAAAAAAUAGGUAAUUGGAAUUUGGCUCCCCUUGUGAUGUCAGAAAGGGGAUAAUACCGCCCCUUAAUCUGCACUAUCCAUCGGCACUGCCAUUUAGUUUAGAGAUCAGCUCAUUUGCAUUUCAAAGGACUCACCCAAAACGAGAAUUUUUUGCUAACACCUACAAAGUGGCAAUUUUAACAUGUUAUAAUAAAUUAUCAAUAUGAGCUAGAACUUCACAUACGUACUCUGGGGACACCAAAGAUUUAUUUAACAUCUUUAAAAAGUCCUGUGAAAUGUCCCAUUUAAAUGAAUUAAAUUUAGCAGUGCUAAUGUGGUUCUCAAACUGGGGGGCAAAUUGGUAACAAAAGGGGCCCACUUUUAUGACAUUUUUUUAGUUAAUUCAUUGUAAAUUUUGUGCAAUUAAACCAAUAAUUUAAUAGUUCAAAAUAAGGCUACUAACCAAACAGCACGACAUCAUAUAAUCUGUUUUGUUUAAUUCAAAUUUUAUAUUUGAGAUUGUUUUAUGUCAUGAAUUAUCUUUUGGGGGGCCAGAGAAAUGCACCAUACACAGGGGGGUGCCAAAAAGUUUAAGAACCACUGUUUGGGCAGAACAUAUGUAUAUAAGUAAUAUUUGAGUUUUACUCUUUCGGGUCUACUUGAAGGAAGAUUUGGUUUUACAUUAUUAGUCAUUGCACCUGAGAAGUUUGUAGUUUUUUAAUUACCAGUAAAGUUUGGAGUAAAUGAAGGACAAAGCCAAUAUAGUGAGCAUGUUUUUAUGUAAAGGCUAACAUGAUAUAGAAUUUGCCAGUAUUGAUAAUAUAUUAAUUGACAAUGCUGUACAUUUGACAAUAAUUUUCCAGUAAUUACAAUAGCAGCAGUAAUAGAGGUGACCACAAAACACUGGUUAACCCUAAAAAUGUAUAGGCCUCUUUUAGUAUUCUAAUGUAUAUUUUUCACAUGAAGUCUUUGUAAUAUCUGACAUGAUCUUUUUGAUCAUAUGAGCUGAUGAGUUUUUUUUUACAUUUAUUUUUCGUACUUCAUUUCAUUGAGAAUAGAAAUGGAAUUGCAACAGUUUAUGUUACUGUGUAAUGACGUAGUAUGAGAAUGGAAUGUUGUUAAAUGUGGAUGAGCAGUUGCUGCGGUAUGCAAAUUAUAAUACAACAAUGCCACACCAUAAUACCAUAAAA